GCCACCGGCUGCCCCCCUCCCCGCCCCCAGCCCCUCCAUCCCCGCCGCCGCCUCCCGCGCCCUCCCCAGUCAUGUCCGACCCGGAGCGAUGGGGAAGCUCGAGGACAACGAGAGGGUGAUCCUCAACGUUGGGGGUACGCGGCACGAGACCUACCGCAGCACCCUGAAGACCCUGCCGGGGACCCGCCUGGCCCUGCUCGCCUGCGAGUCCCAGAGCGAGUCCCCGGGCGGCGAGGAGCCGCCGCCGCCGCCCCCCCCCAACCCGCCGCCGGCGGCGGGCGGCUGCCCGGAUCCCGGCAGCGGCUGCAGCCCCCGGGGCAGCGGCGGCGCCAGCGAGUUCUUCUUCGACCGGCACCCGGGGGUCUUCGCCUAUGUGCUCAACUACUACCGCACCGGCAAGCUGCACUGCCCCGCCGACGUCUGCGGGCCGCUCUUCGAGGAGGAGCUGGCUUUUUGGGGCAUCGACGAGACCGACGUGGAGCCCUGCUGCUGGAUGACCUACCGCCAGCACCGCGACGCCGAGGAGGCCCUCGACAUCUUCGAGGCGCCCGACCUACUGACCGGAGAGCCACCCCCCGACGGCGACGACGACGACCUGGCCGCCAAGAGGCUGGGCAUCGAGGACGUGGGGGCCACCGCCGAGGGCAAGGGCGGGCGCUGGAGGCGGCUGCAGCCCCGCGUCUGGGCGCUCUUCGAGGACCCCUACUCCUCGCGGGCUGCCAGGUUCAUCGCCUUUGCCUCUUUAUUCUUCAUCCUAGUUUCAAUCACGACCUUUUGUCUGGAAACACAUGAGGCUUUCAAUACUAUUAUAAACAAAACUGAGCAGGUCGUCAAUGGGACAGAAGCUGUGCUACAGUAUGAAAUUGAGACAGAUCCUGCCCUGACGUACGUGGAAGGAGUCUGUGUGGUAUGGUUUACAUUUGAAUUUUUAGUACGUGUUGUUUUUUCCCCCAACAAACUUGAAUUCAUCAAAAACCUCUUGAAUAUCAUUGACUUUGUGGCCAUCCUGCCCUUUUACCUAGAAGUGGGCCUGAGUGGGCUCUCCUCCAAAGCUGCUAAAGACGUGCUUGGUUUCCUCAGGGUGGUAAGAUUCGUGAGGAUCCUGCGAAUCUUCAAGCUCACCCGGCACUUUGUGGGCCUCAGGGUGCUGGGCCACACUCUGCGAGCCAGCACCAAUGAAUUUUUGCUGCUGAUAAUAUUCCUGGCGCUCGGUGUUUUGAUAUUUGCCACCAUGAUCUACUACGCAGAGCGGGUGGGAGCCCAGCCUAACGACCCAUCGGCAAGUGAGCACACACAGUUCAAAAAUAUCCCUAUCGGCUUCUGGUGGGCUGUAGUCACCAUGACCACCCUGGGAUAUGGGGAUAUGUAUCCACGGACCUGGUCAGGCAUGCUGGUGGGAGCCCUGUGUGCUCUGGCAGGGGUGCUCACCAUAGCCAUGCCUGUGCCUGUGAUAGUUAACAAUUUUGGGAUGUACUACUCUCUGGCCAUGGCAAAGCAGAAACUGCCAAGGAAACGGAAGAAGCACAUCCCUCCUGCUCCUCAAGCCAGCUCGCCCACCUUCUGCAAGACAGACUUGAACAUGGCCUGCAAUAGCACACAGGGUGACAUCUGCCUGGGCAAGGACAACCAGUUGAUGGAGCACAACAGAUCAUCAGUGUUAUCAGGUGAAGACAGUGCAGGAAGUGAGCAGCCACUCUCACCUGGUGAAAGGCUCCCUCCCAUCAGACGCUCUAGUACAAGAGACAAAAACAGAAGAGGGGGAACAUGUUUCCUACUGACGACAGGUGAUUACACGUGUGCUACUGAUGGAGGGAUCAGGAAAGGCUAUGAAAAAUCUCGAAGCUUAAACAACAUAGCUGGCUUGACAGGCAAUGCUCUGCGACUGUCUCCAGUAACAUCACCCUACAGCUCACCUUGUCCUCUAAGGCGCUCUCGGUCUCCCAUCCCUUCCAUCUUGUAAACAGAUGGCAUCAAUCGGCUACAUAGUAUUAAUUCAAAUACUGUUUACCACAUAUUGGAAAUAAAUGUAGCACUAACCAUAGGCUCCACAAAUAUGGUAUAACUCCUGCAUGAUAUAACUGUCAGUAGUAAGAAAUGCCACUUGGGUAGCUGAAGAUUUUUAUCUUGGCUUUUAAAAAUUACUUGAAGUAGCGCUUCUCCAUUUAUCUACUAUAUUGUCCUACUUUCAUGUGGCAAUAAAAGGACAGUUAGUGGAUGCCGUUGGCCAGUAUAUUCAAUAAAUAAGCAUAUUUUCAGGGAGAUUUACUUAAAAUAAUGUGCUUCCAACUAAUUAUCAGUCACUCCAUUGAACCUCCAUUUCUUGUGACUCUAAUCCAUUCUGAAGAUGUCUGGAAUCGUGUCUUGGUUGCACACAAUGUGACUUGGGUCUGCUCAUUUGCAUGGACCAUCCUGUCUCCAUCACCUGACAAGCAGUGUUGUCGAUCACGGAGACCACAGAGGGCUCUGGAUGUGUGUUCUCGCAUUGUACCAUCCCGCUGAAAUGAAAGCACUGAUAAACUGGUCUGCAUGUGGGAUUGUUUUUCUUUGUUUAACCUUUUUCCUUUAUUUUUUAAUGAUCUACUUGUUUAUAAAUGGCUUUAUUUUGUGAUUAACUUACUUGGGUACUGGAUUGCUGUAUCAGAGUUCUGAAUGUCUCCGGUUGUUUGCACACAGAUAACUGCAAAGAGGUUGUCAUUACUGGUUACACGCAAGCAGAAGCCAGAUCUCUUUCUUAAUGGCUUGGGGAAGGCACAAAACAUGCAAGAAAGGUAAACGCCAUCCAGACUUGCAAUUUUAAGCUAGCAAGUGCUGCUUGGUACUGUAGUCAUUUCUCUACUCCAGGGUUCUUCAACAUUUUCAGAGGCUGAGUACCAAGUAAAAUUGAGAAGAUUAUUGGGGGCUUUUUUUGUACUGCUGUCGGGUUUUUGACCAGCCUUAUACCUCUGGCUCACAAGCUUCAAAAAUUUCUUCAGUCAAUGUUUUCUGAGGUGCUUUGUCCUAUAUGUUGUUUGUCUGUCUGUUUUGCAACCUGUCUCCUGUAUUCUCCAUCUGUAUCCAUAAAGCACAGAGUUACUGUUAAAAUGCCCCCCUCUUUUAAGGUUAACUAAGGACAUUUUUCUCCUUUUCUCUUUUUUUCAUAUGGACUACACUUAUGUGUAUAGAUACAAAUAUGUAUAUUUUUCAAGCGCAAGUUAGUAUUGUCUAGACUAACUCAUGUGAGCACUCUGAAGAUUUUUUGAGUGGGAUUUAGUAGCUGCUUUACAGUACUGACCAGUUGCCUAUUGCAUCAAUCUUCCUCCUAGCAACCAGCAUUCACUACAGUUUUGAAACUGUAUCUCCUCUACUGGCUUUUUCAUUCAAUAUUAACCUCUGUUUAUGCAACGGAUGCAACAAAUGCAAUGGCAGAUUUGAUGUUCUGGGCUGGUGAGGAAAAAUUACCCUAAACCAUAGAGUUUUAGAACUACAUGGGGAAGACCAUAACAACACAAAUCUUAAGAGAUCCUUGAGAUUGUUGAAUAAUCCCUGAUUGUCAUGUUCUAUUUUUUGUUAGGAAAAGAAAUAUAACUUAUUGUUGACCAUGUAACAUGUUCUUCUGUAUAUAGCCUAGCCCGGUAGCAUGACCUGCAUGUCAGAAUUCUUGUACAAUAAUGUAUUUAUCAAAGCAUACAUUUCUGAUAUUUAGAGAUGUACAUUGAUUUAGUUUUGGUAAGAUAUUGUCAAUAGAGAGAUAAUUGCAAACAGCUUUUAGCAAAGGAAUUAAUAUAAUAUCUGGUGCUGCUGUUAUAUUAACUACAGUGUUGUACAGAAUUUAUCAUGGAUUUUUGACUGCUGAAAAAGGGACAAUGGAAUUUAGCCAUACCAAGGACUGUACUGGAAAGAGA